ACUACACUAGCUUUUUAAAUUUUAAACCCUCCUCUAGUCAUUUGGUUUUCAUGUUACAAGACAAAAGUUUCUGUUGGACGGAAAUUUGGAGUAAAACGAAGAUAAAAAUGACCCUCACAUUAAAGGCUCCAUGUUUCAAAUCCAAGUUCAUCACUGCUGAGCUGGCUCGUCUGUUCAGCCAGUCCGACAGUGAGGAGGAGUUUGAAGGUUUCAGCGAGGAUAAGGAAGAAAAGAAAAGAAGAACUUUUAACAAACGGCUAAAGACCAAGAUGGUGGAUUCAGAGGAGGACAGCGAAGUGGACACAGGCUUCUACUCUGAUGGCGAGGAGACCACCCCACCAAAGAGGAAGAGUCUUUUAGUGGCCUUGAGAUUUCCCGUCAGAAGACGGUCUACCCCCAAUCCAGUCAAAGAAACUCCUCCUUUACUGAGAUCCAGAGGAAGACAGAGGAUGAAGCUGCUGCAGCAGCAGCAGCUGCAGGAUGAGAAAGAGAAGGAGAAGGAGGAGGAAGAGGAAGAGGAAGAAGAGGUCCAGUCUCAGAGCCUACGAAAACGAGACAAGAACAUCCAGGAAAACAAGGCCAUGCUGAGUAAGCUGUUUGCUGAUCUGAGCACCAUGGCUGACCUGACUCUGCCCAACACCCCUCAAAAGAAGAAGCGGGGGGCAGAGAAAGCGACACCCCGGAAACGUAAGUUUGAACCAGACAUGGGGUCUGAAAGGAGGAACCCGUCCCGUAAGGCUCGUCCUCCUCCGAACUUUGCAGUGGAGCAAAAGUGCGAGCCACGUAGACGCCGUUGGACUGUAGACAUUAGGAAACUGGUGGAGGUGAAUAUCGGUGUGAAAAAGAAAAAGAAAAAGAGGAGGAUCUCCAGGGUGAGCCAGAUUGACGUGAGGUCAGUUGACAAUGUCACCAAAGAAGACCUGGACAACAUAGCGUACCGCAAAAAUGACAAGAUCUGGGACAAGGACAAUGGCAGCUCAUGUCACCAGUGCAGACAGAAGACUCUGGACACCAAGACAGUGUGUCGCAGUGGUUACUGUGUGGGGACCAAAGGUCAGUUCUGUGGGGCGUGCUUAAAGAACCGCUACGGGGAGGACGUAAGCGAUGUACUGCUCGACCCGACGUGGUCGUGUCCCAUCUGCCGAGAUAUGUGUAACUGCAGUCUCUGUCGUAGGAAGGAGGGCCGCUGUGCUACCGGCGUCCUGGUGGGAUUGGCCCGCUACAACGGCCACGACAAUGUCCACGAGUAUCUGGAGAGCAUUCGGAAGGAUCUGCAGUAAAGUCCAGACAGAAGACCUGAGAGGAGAACCUGCUCGUACCAGGAGCCGGCUCUCGUGCUGCACAGUACCGUAGAACUCAUUUUAAUGCACAGUUUAGGUUUAGAAUCUUUUUUUUCUAACUAGAGAAACAAAAGCAAAUUCAUGGGUUUUUUUAUAUCACCUUAACACAAGGCACAUACACUGUCUGCAUGUUUUAUAUGUUCUAAUUAAGGCUGCAUAAGAUGUUUUUAAAGCCAGUUCUCAGUUUUGAGUUGCAUAUUUUAAUUUUAAUAUUUCUAUUGUUGAUGUUCACUAGUAAUAUUGUAUGCUAUGGUUAUUUUCUGUGUUACGGAUGCAAAACGAGCCUUUUACUGUAUAUACCGACUACUUUUCUAAAUGUUCAAACAUUACAGCAUUAUUGUCAGUCCACUGUAAAUUCUAAUGAAGAAUGGCGUUAUCUAAAUGAUUUCCUAAUUCAGUAUAAUAAUUUAUCUUCUUUCAAUGGCAUCAUAUCGAGAUAUCAUGAUACACAAUUAUCUAAAUAUGAUAAUAACAAAUGCAUAUUAACAUUCUCUGAAAGUUUGAUGUGAAAUAUGAGGGAGUAUUAUUUUAAGAUUGUACUUUUGUUUUUACAUUUUGCACGAAAUGUCUUUAUAAAUAGGGAAAUACUUUGUUAUGUAGAAUUAGUUAUGUCAUCAUUCAGUAUAAAAAAAAUAUGCUUUAUCAUUUUAUAUAGACUAUUUAUUUAUUGAAUUAGCAGAAAACAUGCUUGUAUAUCAUGCUUGUAUAUCAUUAUCUAGAUAUGAAAUGACCUAUAUUGUGAUAUACGUUUUGACAUAUCGUCCAGCCCGGCACAACAGUGUCUUUUAGGAAUAUCAAGUCUAAGUAUUGCACAUUUAGGGGAGCAUUCAUGCUGCACUUAAGCUGUCGAGAUUGUUUACUGUACAAUGAAAGAUGUUAGGCUAUCUUGUGGCAAACAAGAUAUUGGAUAUUGGUAUUGAAAUAAAAGACAUGUUGACCAGUU